GGUGGCGCAUUCGAACGUUGUGUUUAUCAUAUAUAUAUUCAUCUCAGUCGAUUGUAUGUCACUGAAUGUCUACAUAUGCAUACCCGUUCGCACUUGCCUAGAACAAUUGGGGACUCACUCUCCUUUCUUUCAAACUGUUUACUUCAACUUGAGCCUAGAGGUUCUCAAAAUGUAGCUGCUUAA